AUUUUGUUUAAACAAUAAAAGAAAUGGCUAAAAGAAAUAUACGAGCGAAAGCUAAGAGUGCAGUAGGAGCGGCGAAGCAAAAGGUUCAGCAAAUGCAGGCGAGAUUAAAUAGAGAAAAUCGCCAGGAUAAAUUGCUUCACAAGAUCCUCUCUCCGAAGAAGACCAUUACAAAAAAGGAAAAGUCUGCAGAAAAACACUCAAAGUUGAUAAAACGCUUCGGAGAAAUACAGAAGAAAUUAAAGGAAGAGCAGGCACGCAAAGUUCGAGAGAAAACGAAAGUUGUAGGCGAUUUAAAACCUCUUCGAGAUGCGCUGCCAUCCCUUGGCGAGAUGUACAAUUUGGUAAAAGCCCAAAAGAAAAAAAAAGAAGAAAUCGCAGUUGAAGAAGCUGAGACAUUAAGUGCCAAAAAGAAGAUCAAGAAGAAACGUAACGAAUAUGUAAACAAAGUGCGAUCCCUCGAGAAGUUAAUAAAGGACAAAAACUUCAAAAAGAAUCCGCGUGAGAUAGUUGCGAAUCACGUUCGCAACAGGUAUCGUGCUAUGGAAGAUGAGGACAUGUAAUAGGGAAUUAAGAAAUUGA